AUGACAAAAGCUUUUCAUCCAAGUUUUUCUUCAAUUGAAGCUAUUGAACAUUCAAAGACAAUUGGUAUAUCAUCUCCACUAGCAGUUGAUCCAUAUGAAACACGUCAUAUUUUUGAUUCCAAUGUAUUAACUGCUUGUUUAAAAUCGUUACAAAAUGAAAAUCGUCUUCUAAAAGAAUUAAUAGAUGAAAAAGAAACUCUAUUAAUUAACUUAACAAAAACAUCUAAUGAAGAACGUCUGAAAUAUGAAAACGAAAACGCCCAAUUGAAACAAACAAUUAAACAAUUACAAAUCGAAAAUUCUCAGUUUAAAGCUCGUUAUCAAUCAAAUAGUUAA